GAACCAGUCCACCAUGCCUGAAGUGAAAGACCUUUCGGAAGCCUUGCCGGAGACAUCAAUGGACCCUAUCACAGGCGUCGGGGUGGUGGCGUCUCGGAACCGAGCCCCGACAGGCUAUGAUGUAGUGGCACAGACAGCAGAUGGCGUGGAUGCUGACCUCUGGAAGGACGGCUUAUUCAAGUCCAAGGUUACCAGAUACCUGUGUUUCACAAGAUCAUUUUCCAAAGAAAAUAGUCAUUUGGGGAACGUGCUAGUGGACAUGAAGCUCAUUGACAUCAAGGACACACUGCCCGUGGGCUUCAUCCCAAUCCAGGAGACGGUGGACACACAGGAGGUGGCUUUUAGGAAGAAGAGGCUGUGCAUUAAAUUUAUCCCCCGGGAUUCCACAGAAGCGGCCAUUUGUGACAUCCGAAUCAUGGGCCGGACCAAGCAAGCACCUCCUCAGUACACAUUUAUCGGGGAACUGAACAGCAUGGGGAUCUGGUACCGAAUGGGCAGAGUGCCAAGAAACCACGACUCGUCCCAGCCCACCACGCCUUCACAGUCAUCGGCCGCCUCCACCCCAGCCCCCAACCUGCCCAGGCACAUCUCGCUAACGCUGCCUGCCACCUUCCGAGGUAGGAACAGCACCCGCACGGACUACGAGUACCAGCACUCUAACUUGUAUGCCAUUUCAGCAAUGGAUGGCGUGCCUUUUAUGAUUUCAGAGAAGUUCUCCUGUGUUCCUGAAAAUAUGCAGCCCUUUGACCUCCUGGGAAUCACCAUCAAAUCCCUAGCAGAAAUUGAAAAAGAGUACGAAUACAGCUUCCGCACGGAGCAGAGCGCGGCCGCCCGGCUCCCGCCCAGCCCCACCCGAUGCCAGCAGAUCCCCCAGUCCUGAAGAACAGGCCAGAGCCGGCCAUCUGGGCGGGGAGAAGACGCCUUCUGUCUGGUGCCCACACACUACUGACGGGGUGGCUGGGGGGCUAGGGAACCCCCCUCCCUCGCCCGCCCCUGCCACCCCCUCCCUUGGCACCAGCCAGCCCUUCUCUCAGCGUGCCCAUGCCCGCCCACUGCCCCGGAGACUGGCAGCUGAGUGGCCCUGUCUGGCUCAUCAGCUUGCUUGAUGAGACACCUCCCCACCCCCGGCCCAUCAUCGUGACUAAUCUGUGUGUGCUGUAGUGACCGGCGGCUCCCCGCGCGUCUGUGUGAUGACCAUUAUGCAAGUCCUCCCCACCCAGAGUCACCCCCCAGCGCCAGGCAGCCACCCCUGACGUCCAGUGACGCCUGCCGGCCCCUUUGCUCCUGCCCAUCACCCACAAAGCCAACUGCCCCCCUCCUGGAAGACCCUGGGGUUGGCGUUCGGGACACGCAGAUGUCCCCUGAGCCAGGGCUGCCCACAGGCUCCCCACCCGUCUCCUGGGCUUUGCAGCAACCCCAAGACAAUGUGAGAAGGGUUUUACCCUGCCCCACACCGCACAACCGCGUUCUUCUCCAUGGUUCACACACUGGACGUCCCGGGACUGGUGUGGAAGGGGGCCUGACUACGUGCAGGGCGCCAGCCUGGAUGUGAGCCAGGCCGCCAGGCGCUGCCCCUCCACUCCUCCUACACCCCUUCAAAGGGCUCGCGUGCAGGAUACCACCUGCCAACAACAGCUCUACCUGCCUCGGCCCUCAGGUGACCCCGCAUGGUGACUGCUCCAAGACACAGCCCUCGCCGAGCCGGACGCAGCGGGAACAAGGCCCCGCUCAGCCAGGAGACGCCUCUCCAGUGUCCGGUGGAGAUUCGCAGUGAACCCUGUGUGUGGUGCAAUGGCCACUGUGGGCCCUGCCAGCCCUGAGAGCUGGCCCUCUAGCCCUAACAGGCUGCCUCUCAGUGUCUGGCUGCUGGGGUUCAUCCCGAAUCCGUAGACUACAGGCCUCCGACACCCCAUGUCCCCAGAGGGUCUGCCCGGACGUGAGGCCACGGUGGGUCACCAGGCUGAUGACGAUCGUUGGGGCCUCUGCCAGCCACGUUCCAGAGAUGGCAGCCAGGUAGGGACGGGAGGACAAAGCAGCCAAUGGGAUUGGCUAAGAGCCACGGCAGGGCCCAAAAUACCUCACGUACCUGCGUCAGUCCCUCGGUGGGCACACUGCCUCCUCCAUCCGUCAGUCCUGUGUCUUCACCUGCCACAUCUUGGUUUCUGUGUGCUGGAAAUGGUGACCUUGGGACCUUGUCACCUCCCGCAGGACCUCCAGACCUCGAGGGCCGCCAGGCAACUUGUGGAGGCUGAGGAAGUCAAGGUGCCAGCCUCCGGAGGGGCCGGGCGAGGGCUCACCACAGAGCGCUGCACACAGCUCCCUCGCCGUGGUCCCAGCCCUGUGCGUAGCCACCUGCUGCUUUUCUUAUGGUGGCUGGCCCAAUGCCGAGAGGCCUGUGUGACCCAGAGAGAGGUGACACCCGGAGGGUGACGCGGAGCUCCAGGCUCCCUGUCCAUCUCAUUUUAGUCGGUGCACUUUGUCCUUCAACCUCUUCCCACGCCCCAGUGGUGAGACUGUGACGGGUCCCUUCCCGAUGGCCUUGCCACCCUCUCGUUGGAGAACGAGACUUCUCCGCAGCCCUGUGGGGCUCUGGGAGGCCCGAGGUGAUGACGUGGGACCCCGUGGCAGCGAUGGAGAAGACAGAACAGGGGUUGUGGGGGGAAGGAGAGUCACAGAAGAAAGAGGCCACCCCAGUGUCCCCCCGCCCCAACUCUGCCAGGCCACACGGCCCCCAGGAAGAGGGCGAGCUGCGGAGAUGUCCAGGACAGGACCGGCUGAGUUUCAGAAUAACCUUGACUGUGAACUUCGUGACCACGGCAGCUCUCUCGGAUGGAGCAUUGACGUGUGGGGUCUGGGAGAUUUCAGGCUGCUCUCCUCUUUGGAGGGGCGGGUGGCGUGUGCACGUGUGGAUCACGUGUGUGCGUGUGGGUGACGCGUGUGCACGCCUGCAUCCCAGCCACACGUCAGACUCUUAUCAGGCCGCAGAGGCCGGAGGCGGGCCUCUGGCUCACAUCCGUGUACCUGGAGGUGGGGCAGGGGCCAUGGGCGCUCCCCACUUAGGGAAAGGAAGCACAAGGAUUGUCUCGGAAAUGUGAAUGGCCCAAGGCGUCUCCCUUGGAUCCACCCAACAUGUCCCAUAUUGGCUACCAUCCCUGCACGGUGCCCCCUGCCCUCCUAAAAGAUCUGACAAGAGCACAGCGCCGGGACCCUCUCCAGGGGCCUGGAACGUGGCGCACGGAUGACUGGCAGGAGGUGCUUUGCCCCCGUUCACUUGCAAUUUAUCAGAAGGUCUCCCCCCCACACACUCAAGUCCAAGAAGAGAG